AUGCAGUUUCUCCUUGCCUUUAUGCUCCUUGCAGUUUUUGCAGGCUUGCCACUUACUUUCUCCAUUACUUCUGAAAAGCCUGGCUUAAGAAAGAUCACUCAACGGGAUGAAGACACUAUAUCGGGUGCGGGCAAUCAACAAUAUUCUCAUAACUUGCGCACACUUCCCCUUCCGAAACACAUGACCAAGACUAUGACAAGCAACAAAAACGGAAACUCCGAUAUCAUCGCUAAUAUCGUGAUUGACAAUCGAACACCGCGGAUCUGGGCCAGGAAAGGGCGUAGCCUUCCGAAUAUAAAACCGGACGAUCAUACCCAGCACGCUCCUACGGCCGGUGCGCGGACCGAAACCAUCACGCGAACCCUGUACAAUAACCCAACCCCAACGCCCAAAGCGAAGGUUGUUGCACGCCAAGGUGAAAAUACCGGUGAAACGAAAAAGGGAGUCGACAGCACUAACACUGGAGAGGGUAAAAAACGCGUUAAGAAUUCGGGUCGGAACUGGUUAGACUAG